AUGCCCGCGGCCACGGCCACGGCCGCUGCCACUGCUGCUGCGCCCACAGCGCAGGCAGGGCAGCCAGCCCAGCCAGCCCAGGUCGCGGGGAAGAAGCGCAAUGUCGCCGGCGCCGGCCUGGACAGCUCGCCCGGGAGCAUCGACGACGCCGAAGAGGGAGGAGGAGAACACCAGGAGGAGAAGAAGAGACAGCCGGUCAAACGGGCCUGCAAUGAGUGUCGACAGCAGAAGCUUCGAUGCGAUGUCAUUCAAGACCCCUUCACGUCGUGCUCGCGCUGUCGCCGCCUCAAGCUCGAAUGCAAGAUCGAGUCCAACUUCAAGCGCAUCGGCAAGCGGAGCCGCAACGCAGAGAUGGAACGGGAGAUCGUCGAGCUGAGGAAGCAGAUUGCCAGCGUCAAUGCCGCCAACGCAUCGCUGCAAUCUCAGGUCAACGCCGGAAAGGCCAACGGGGCGGGCCUGUAUCAGACGCCCUCGGGCAUGUCGACCGACCAGUUCAUGGGCUCCCACGAGGCGGUCGCGUCGUUGCUGGAUCUGCGGUCGGGAUUCGACGGGUCCAACUACAUGAGGAAUGGCGGUCACCAAUUCAAGAGGAUUGAGGACGUUCUGAUCGCUUCAGACCGGGUGACGGAGUUGUUCAACCUCUUCUUCACCUUUUACCAUCCGUUCUUGCCGUUCCUUGAUCGUGACACGUCCCCGGAUGACUACUACUCCUCCUCGCCGCUCCUGUUCUGGAUGAUCAUCAGCGUCGGUGCUCGUCGCUACCAGGCCGACGUGAAUCUGCUGAAUUCGCUGGCCGGGCCGGUGACCAGGCUGGUCUGGAGCACGCUGGCCGAUAUCCCCCAGAGUUUCCAUGUGGUGAAAGCGCUGUGCCUGCUGUGCACCUGGCCGUUCCCGACCAGCAGCACUUCCACCGAUCCGACCUUCAUGCUGUGUGGGAUCAUGGUCCAGGUGGCCAUGCAGCUGGGCCUUCAUCGGCCGUCGCACACACAAGACUUCACCAAGUUCCGGGUAGAACUGAUCGAAUCUGAAUUGCGAGACAAAGUGAGGACGUGGGCGGUUUGCAAUAUCGUCGCGCAGAGGGUCGCAACCGGCUACGGGCAGCCUCCUUCGACUCUGUACGACUGGACCCUUGGCGCGAGUGAAACGGUGGACCCCAACUUCAAACUGCCGCAUGAUAUCAAGGCGAGGUUGCAAAUCGAAAAGUUUUGCGACAAGGUCACCAAGACGCUGUAUAACAAUCGUCGAGACCCCGUUGGACUGUCUGGCCAACAGGAGAGGUCAACGUUGAUCUCUCUCUUGUCGAAAGACUUCCAUGAUUUGGAAGAUCAAGUCCGGUCGGAGAAUGACGUAAUCACGGAUCUCUACCUCCAUGCCGCCCAUCUCCACCUUCACCUGUCUGCCUUCUUUGACGACCCGUCCGCGAAAGACUACUGUGAGCGUCUUCUCGCCUUGCACUCAGCAACGACCACGUAUCUCGAGAAGGCAUUGAAUCUGGAGACGUCUGUCGGCCCCGUGCUGUCUUACACGCCGUACUACAUCUACCAGAUGAUGCUGGCGGGAGGGUUCACUCUGUUGAAGCUCUGCAAGAGCUUCUUUGCCGCGCACAUCGACCUGGAGUACAGCAAGAGCCUCUUCAACAGGACCAUCUGGGCGAUUCGGGGGAUCUCAGUGGCCAACAACGACCUUCCCCAACGCCUGGCCGAGGUCCUCGCGCAGAUGUGGCGGCUUGGUGGCACUCCAACCCAGAGACCGGCUACAGCAGAGGUGGAUGACUCGUUGCAGCUGAAGGUGCGAUGUCGUAUGAGCAUGUCGCUGGUGUACGACUCGGUUUGGCGGUGGAGAGAAGACGCUCAGACCAAGGGCCGCAAUAUCGAAGCCUAUCUCAAGAACCCGACGGAUCCGGAGUCCAAUAACGAUUCGUCUACAUCCUCUGUUGCAGCCGUCCAGACGUCGUCCACUCCGGGGGUUGCUGGCGGCGAUCCCAAUCUGGCGCCGCCAGCGCCUGUGCCGCAGGGUAUGGCGAUGUCAGCGUCGAGCAGCGGAGUGAGCAGCCUUCCGAGCGCAGUCAGCGGGUUCAUGGAGCCGAACUACGAGGUCUUUGACCCGCUGAACUGGCUUCUCGAUGGGCUGGUGGACUUUCCUUACACGUACCCUGCGGUGCAGGGUUUGGAAACGCAGGGCAUUGCGUGA